AUGGACGUCGACCUAUCCAGUGUAGAAAUGGUUUUUGCCCAGAAAUUAGCCUGUGGUGAACCAGUUACUCGUCAACGUGCAUUUCGUGUAUUACAGGAUUGGAUCAAAGAGAAAUCUUCAGUUAAACCGUUCACUGAAGCGGACAUGCUAAGACUGUGUAAAGGCCUUCAUUAUGUAAUGUGGAUGCAGGAUAAAAUGCUGUUACAGGAGGAAUUAGCUGACAGGAUCGGCCAACUUUUAUCGGUGUUCUCAAGUGAAGAUGAACGUGUUCUUUUCAUUCUUUGCACGUUUAAGAGUCUUGGAAAAGAAUGGAAUCACAUUGAUAGAUGGCGAAUGGAUAAAUUUCUUAUGUUGAUGCGUCGUAUUCUUCGUGUUUUGUUCACUCAUUUGUCUACGAUCAAGUGGAAGAAGUCUAUACGAGAUGCUUACUGGAAUGCGUUCAAUCAGACGACGAUAUCAGCCGUUAUGUUCUUAUAUGCUUUCGUUUUCCAUUUUGCUUCACUUAUCCUUGAUGAGAUGGAUAAUAUAGGUGGGAUCACGAAAAAGCAAAUCACCGCUUGUCUGAAACCAUUUGCUGAUUUACUUGGCAAGCGGUCAAUUAGCGAUUAUCUUUUCAACUCAAUUGCUACGGAAAUCUUUGCUACCAUUCUACACCAAAAAUCAGAAGAAUUGGCAUCUAAAACGGAAGCGGGUGCUGAUACUCAUAAUGAGUCCACUACAGGAAUCCAAUUUGACUACUGUGCUAUUGCUCAGCUGCUUUUCAAUAUUGGUAAAAAACCCGGAACGAUUUCUAAGAGACGGAGAAAGUUGUAUAACCUCGUAAAGAAGUUUCAUGUGGCUGCGAAAGGAGGCGAUCCUUACCAUUUUAAGCCACCCGUUCCGAGAUUCGUAUUGACUCGCAAGGAUUAUGAGGAAGCUGAAAUGAAGUUGAUGGAAAUGCAUGAGGAAACCGUGCAAGAAAGAAAACGCAUGAAACUGGAGAAGUUGGUGGUUUCAUCUGCAUGGCUCUCUUCAAGAUAA